UUCUUUUAGGUUAUGUUUCAUCAAAUCAUCAUUUGACUUUGGUCGACGUUUGCCAUCAUCGCUGAAUAAUGUCCUAAUCUUGUAAUAGAUUAAAAAGUCUCAAUUAUUAUAUUCUCUUCUGAUUUGAUAAAAUUAAUGUUUCAAAAUGAUCAAGUCUAAGAACUAAAGAGAAAUCCGUUUGAUUUAUCAUGGGAGACCAUUCUCCUUUGAUGUUCGAAACUGAUGAAGAGGAUGACGUUGAAAAAGAGGAAGACACACAGAUUGAAAAGGAUGACAGCAAUGAGAACAAAAUUAUACAAGAAUCUCCAACGAAGAAAAAAGUCGACCACUUACGAUAUGUUCUGUCGGGGGUUCCACCUCCACCGACGUUAACGUUUCUACAAAUGGAUGCCAGGCAUCUGCUGGAACUUUGGAAUCAAAAUAGUCAACAAUUCAAUCUUCAAGGCGUGACAGGACGUGAAACUAGUCAAUUGGAAAAGGACCUAUCGGGAAAAUCUUGGCUGGAUGCACAAUCUGACCUUCACCAUGGAAUAUUCUACAACAAAAGUGUCCUGUGCGAACAGUUGGAGGCGUUGAGUCUGAGAUACCAGGAGCGCUACGUGGGUAACGAAACGUCGACGUCUGUGAACUCGCUGUCGUCCCGGAGUCCGCCGAAGACGGCGUCGGCCCGCAAACGGGCACGGCGGCUCGCCCACGGCGGUCACUCGCCUGGUCGACGGCUCAGCCACCUGGCCAGGCGACGCAACACCUUCUCCUCACUUGAUCUCAGGCAGGCCACUGCCCUGUCCACCAACAACAAGAUGAUACUCGUCAAUAAUAAAUCAAAACAAAACGCGCGCAAACGACUGAAAAACUCGGCCACUAAACACACGGAACCGGCUGCACCGGCAGUGAGCGCCGGAUCGAUCCCGAAACGCGCCCUAUUCCAGAGUCCCGAGAACGGCGCCAAGAAGCAGUCGAAAACGCCGGUGCACAGCGGUCAGCGGACGCGUCGCGCUCUCUUCUCGUCCGCGUCGUCGGCACGCCAGAUUCAGCCACCGCGGCAGUCGACUGAUCGCGACACUUCGCUUCCGCCGGUGCUGACGCGGCAGACGACCGAGCCGGGCGUCAAGCGACAGAGAGAGGGUGAGGAGGCGCAGCGAGACAGGGACAGUGUGGUCGCAACGGAUCAGAAGCGGCGCUGCACCCGGAGUCUUCUCUUUGAGGAGAACGAAGACAGAGCUACUCCAAACAACUCCCCUCCACUUCUCACAGCGCAGACGCUUAGCAAGCUACAUAAACGGAAAUUGUUAUGGGCUGUGUCAGGAGCGCUGCGCGAGGAAGGCAUCAAGACGAAGGACACACUGUUCCAGCCGUGCGCCACGCUUCUAUUCAACCAGUGCAAGAACAUUUGGCUCAAAGAGUCUGCCACCAAAUCGCAACAGAUAGCAAGCACCAGCGACAAGAUGCUCGAGAUUGUCAAACGCUACUGCUCCAACAUUGUCGCUAAGGUCAGCGCCAAGCUGGGCCAAAAACCCGGUGACCAAGUCGACAAGCUGGGACAGAAAACCGGUGACCAAGUUGACAAACUGGGUGAAGAAUUCAGUGACAAAGUGAACCAGAAACCCGGUGACCAAGUCGACAAGCUGGGACAGAAAUUAAGUGACCAAGUCGACAAACUGUGCCAGAAACCCGGUGACCAAGUCGACAAGCUGGGACAGAAAUUCAGUGACCAAUCCGACAUUCUGGGACAGAAAUGCAUCGCCAAACCGCCCCUGCAAACUCUGCCUCAGAAUGUCCUCCUCGACAACAAGCAACUGCUCAAAACCGACUCGGACCUUUCAAAAAAGUCGAGUCGGCCCUCGGACGAUGCCAGUUUCAAAAACUGUGACUAUGAAAAUAAUGACAGUGAUACCAAAACUUUGACCACCGUAAAUGCCAGCUGAUAUUUAAGGGUUUAGUUUUAAUUAUAUUAGCUUCUAAGGUUUGUUUUAUAAAUCGACAAUUGAUAAUAAUUAUUUAUUUUUGUUUGGAAAAAG